AUGCAGAAAAUAGCUAGGUUCAACCCUUCAAAGUUCUUUGAUCUUGAAAAUACAAUUUCCGUUUUUAAAUACGGCUCCACUAUACGUUCUACUUCCGCAUUUAAUACAAGAAUACACGACUUUAUUGUAGUUAUUGAUGAAGGUUUGGAAAAAGCUGUAAGGUGGCACCAGAAAAUGAUGAUGAAUUAUCCAUGGCAUUAUUCUAAGAUUUCUCUCUUGGGGCCUAAAUACAUAUCGAAAUUUCAGAGAUACUCAAAACUCUGCCCGAUAUUUUACAACUCAUGUAUUAUGACGAAUGAAAAUAAGGCAAGUUUAAUUUAA